AUGGCACAAGAAAAUAACCUUGAAAUCGUUGAUAAAUUGAAUGAAUUACCAUCAACUCAGGAACGUGUAAUUACAAUAGCAAUCGAAUCAGAUCCGUUGUCUAAAUGUUUGGGUGAACUACGAAAUGUAUUAUACGAACUUGAGAAAGAAAAUAUUCAUACUUUAUAUCAAACAGUCCUACCUUUAUCGACACUUUUAAACAACAUCUCAGUUAGUGAAGCAGCAAAUCUUCCAUUACAUACAUAUUUUAUUAACAAAUUAAGUGAAAAAGAACCGUUGUUAAAUUUACUACCUGAAGUAGGAUAUAUGUCAACGAACGGUGGCCCAUAUGAAUAUCAUGCUCCAGUUAACGCCUCGCAAGAGAAUAAACGUAAAAUAUUGAUCGACGAGAUACAACAAUUUUGUGAAGAUUUAAAAAAUUUGAAGGAUAGAAAAAAUCCAAAAUUAGAACGUUCAUUACAGCAAAUAAUCAACGAUGUCACAUCGAAUGAUCAACAUGACUUUGAAAGGACAUCAUCGCCAUUGCAGAAAAGUUCAUCUUUUCGUUCAUCGCCAGUGCCUUUAUCUACUGAAACUCCCCGAAAGUUACCGAAUAGUAAAACAGUUACUGAUGGUAAUCAACGAACAAUCGAGAAAAUUAAACAUAUCAAGGAACAAAUUGAGCCCAAAUAUGAUAGACCCUGUGAGCGACGGUUUGUUAGAAGAAAAUUAUUAUUAAAUCUUGUCCAAGAAAAAAAUCCAGAGAUAAAUAUAGAAGCUAAUUAUUUGGAAACUUCGAUGGAUGAAACGAUAAGAACAUUGAAAGAAUCGGAUAAACGAUCAACUCAUCAUGACAAUGAUGAAAUAUAUAUUGAAUGUUUAUUACGUGCUAAUUUUGAAACCUCAUCAGCAAAAGAAAUGUUGCUGAACAAUCGACCGAAUUUGAAUACAUUACAAUAUGAAGUAAAGACAGACAUUACAGGAUGCAUUGCCAGAUUAAAACAACAGUAUGAUAAAUUAACUGAAGAGGGUAAUGAUACUGAACAACAACUUUUACGUGAAGGUGAUGAAUGGAAGAAUACGUAUCAUAUCCAAAAAUCACUUGUUCAAUUACGUAAUCAGUAUCAAUUAAGAGAAGAUGAAUCUAUUUUAGUAGGAAAAGUGUAUCGAUUAUUACGUUGUGAAUUAAUGUCGAUCGUUGAUAAACAAAUAUCAAGACAAACUGAAAAUUUAAUAAAAUUAGAACUUUUAGCAAAUGCUUUAUGUUCAAUUGAAUUGUCUUGUCUUGCAAAUGUUGAUAUGGGUGAUAUUAAAGAUAUAUUACGUUCGCCAAUUGACCAAGAUUUUGCAAUAAAAGCGUUAUCAACACCAUGCAAUAUUUGUUUUGACUCAUUUCCACGUAGUCAGAUUGAAUCACUUUUUUAUCAAUGUGAACAUACUUGGUGUCGAUCAUGCGCUAAAGAAUAUUAUCGAAAAACAGUCAAUAAAAUAAAUGAUCUAGCUUCGUUGAAACAAUUGUUUAUUUUUUGGUUUUCAAGCGAAAGAAAAGUAUUAGAUACGUAUCAUGAAAAUCUGUUUCAUGCUACUCGCGGUGAAAAAAUAAAACGAUGUGGUUCACCAAAAUGUCUUGCAUUUUUUGAUGUCCAUAAUAAUCAAAUUAUGCGAGUUCAAUGUCCUCAAACAGGUUGCAGAUUUUUACAAUGUGCUCAAUGUUGUCGAAAAUGGCACGAUGAACAUCUUACAAGAAAUUUAACAUGUGAAGAAUAUGGUGAAUGGUUGAUAUCUAAUGAUCCUGAUUCAGAAGAAGCACAAAUGCAACGUUAUCUUGCAACGGCUGGAAUGUCGUGUCCACAAUGUAAUGCAAUUUAUGAAUAUCGACCUGGUGGAUGCGAACAUUUCAAAUGUAGUGCCUGUAAAUCAGAUUUUUGUCGUAUUUGUUCAGGAUUCUUUUAUGAUCAAAACAGACCUUGUCCAUCAUUAACUUGUAAUCUAAAACAAUCAUUACAUGCACAUUGUCCACCAAAUUGUUUUCGUGAAAUUCGUGAUUUUUGUGAAAUUGACAAAACACAAGGAAUUUCAUUUAAAGAAGAAUUAGAUGCAAAACCACAAGCAACAACUCAAAAAUGUCCAGUUGAUGAUUGUAAAAAUCCCGCAUCAAAUUUGUGUAAUAAUCGUUUUUGCGAAAAAUGUUACCAGGAAUUUUUAUGUUUAUUUUUAUGGCGUAAUCAAUUAGAGCCAUGGUCAUUUUACGAACAACAUCAGUUGAGACAGAAAUUAUCAUUAGCCACACCGCCGGUAAUUGUUCCUGAGACAACUACAAAAGAAGAAUUAAUUACACUUGCUAGACAACAUUUACCAUUGGGUAAACCAAAAACUUUACCAAAAGUUUUACCGAAAACUGAAAAUUAA